AUUUGCUAUUGUUAUUUUUAGUUGCUAACCAUACCAAAAAUAAUGCGGAAACAUGUCGGAUGCUUGAAAAUGAAAGAAAAAGUAAUUGCAACUCAAUUUCUUCCGAGCACGAAAGUACAAAUAGUUCGAUUGGCCCUGCAGUUUUGAAGGAUAAUUGCAGUCUCUCAACUCCAAAUAUGUCGCCGAAAGGUCAAAAUCUUUUCAUGAAAGACCAGUUACUGUAUUUAGCCAAACUUUUAGGGUUUGAAGUGGACUUUUCGGAUUAUCCCAAGGGUAAUCACAACGAAUUUCUUACAAUAGUUAUGCUUUCAACUAAUCCACCACAAAUUUGCCAUGGAGUCGGAAUAAAUGCUAAGGAAUCUCAAGAAGACGCUGCAAAGAAUGCUUUAAAAAUUCUCAGUGAAAUGGGUUUAAACAAUGCAGUUAAAACAUAAUUUCAAUUUUCAACUUUACUUCGGAAAUAUGUAAUGCAAUUAUUGUAAUAAAGAUACCUUUAAAGCCUAUUCUUUUUAAA